AUGAAGUUCUCUUCUCGAUCUGUCAUUGUAGCUGUUGCUUCCAUCGGAUAUGUUGCGGCUAGUACUGUUCCGAUAAAGUUAACUCGAAAUGGAUCAAUAGGUGACGCUAUCUGCGGCUCUAGCGUUCCACAGAUGAGUGCGCUCUUGCGUCUUGGCGAUCCUAAGGCACAGUUUAUUCGACCAAGUCUUGCUUCUAUCACCAGCACAUUUAGGACUUGCAAAGUGACUGUCUCUACAACUGAUGAUUCCGACAUUUCACUUUCUUGGGGACGUCUCUUGCGCGGUCCUGAUCGUCAAAGUGGAUACCAGUGGUAUCUCCAACAAUGUGGACCAACCCCUGGAAGUAUUCUGACUGCUGGAGGAAGUCAAACAUCACCCAGUUUUGUUCUUACUUUUGCUAGUGUGACGGUACAAUGA